AUGGAACCUAAACUUCGAGAGCUGUCUGUCGUCGUCAAUAUCAUUGCUACAAUUGAUGAUGUUAUAAUCGCUUGCAUGUUGUCAUUUCUAUUCCAAUCAUCGAAAAAUGGGUUCGGAAGUACGUCUAAUAUAUUGAACAGAUUGACGUUGCAUGCGGUGAACACCGGAGCAAUUACUAGUAUCUGCGCCAUGUCAGCAUUGGUUUCUAUGCUGGCAGCUCCAAAAACUCUGAUAUACAUUGCGUUUUAUUUUUGCAUCGGGCGACUGUACACGGCAUCAUUACUUGCAACCCUCAAUGCUCGCAAUGGCAUGCGCAAUGCGGCUGACAGUAUACAAACUGCACUUGGCCGCAUGUCUCCCCUCGCGUUCAGAAGCUUUGCGAAUGAAAGAGUAAUCAAUAAAAGCAUAUUCAACAACCAGAGUGAUAUAGCAGUUGACGCAAUCGACGGUACACAGCUUGAGAUGGAAACGAAUGGGACACAGAUGUACGAAUUAUAUGACAUGUCUUCGGACAAUAUCGGUCAGAAAGUCCUGGACCGUCCCCCGGUUCUGCACUCCAAUCCGGACAUGGUGUCGUUGACAAUACUGUUCGUUAAGACCGUGGUAAUUCGCUUCAGUGCCUUCAUUGACUUUGGCUUCAAUGUGCUCGGUGUCUGCAAGGAAGCUCAGGACGUGCUGAAUCGCAGGAGUCAAGAUGUCAACUUUGCGGAAGAAAUUUAUUCAUUGCAGGGAGAGAUGUCGUUCAGGAGUCAAGGGAAUAAUGAAGAUAUGCAGCGUGAAGAAAGUGGUGAUUUGAAGACGGCACUCGUGAGCAGGGUGCAUGAAGUUGAAGAUGAAAACAAGCACCUUCCAGGAGCAACCUGA